GCAACGCGUGCGUUCAUUCUGGUUCAUCACUGAAAGGCAAGCGAAAGGAUUUUGGUAUUUCAGCAAACAAGACAGGCUAAGAAGGCAGUGUCUCUGGAAAUACGCUGAAAAUAUUAACUACCAGGCUUCUGUUGGAAUACAAGAACUGACAUUUGUAAAGCAACCAUGACCAGUGCUACGUCCCCCAUCUUGCUGAAAUGGGACCCUAAGAGUCUGGAGAUCCGCACCCUGACGGUGGAGAGGCUGCUGGAGCCGCUGGUCACACAGGUGACCACGCUGGUGAACACCAGCAACAAAGGGCCGUCCAGUAAGAAGAAGGGUCGCUCCAAGAAGGCCCAUGUGCUGGCCAUGUCGGUGGAGCAGGCCACUCAGAACUUUCUGGAAAAGGGCGAGCAGAUCGCCAAGGACAGCCAGGACCUGAAGGAGGAGCUCAUUGCAGCCGUGGAGGACGUUCGCAAGCAAGGUGACACGAUGCGGGCGGCCUCCUCGGAGUUUGCCGAUGACCCGUGCUCGUCGGUGAAGCGGGGCACCAUGGUGCGGGCGGCCCGUGCCCUCCUCUCCGCCGUCACCCGGCUCCUCAUCCUCGCCGACAUGGCCGACGUCAUGAGGCUCCUGGCACAUCUCAAAGUCGUGGAGGAUGCUCUGGAGGGCGUGAAGAAUGCCACCAAUGAGCAGGACUUGGCCAACCGCUUCAAGGAGUUUGGGAAAGAGAUGGUCAAGCUGAACUAUGUGGCUGCGCGCAGACAGCAGGAGCUGAAAGACCCGCACUGCCGUGACGAGAUGGCGGCGGCCCGCGGGGCCCUGAAGAAGAACGCCACCAUGCUGUACACGGCCUCCCAGGCCUUCCUGCGGCACCCCGACGUGGCCGCCACGCGCGCCAACCGCGACUACGUCUUCAAGCAGGUGCAGGAGGCCAUCGGCGGCAUCUCCAGCGCCGCCCAGGCCACCUCCCCCACCGACGAGAAGCACGGCCACACCGGCAUCGGCGAGCUCGCCGCCGCCCUCAACGAGUUUGACAAUAAGAUCAUCCUGGACCCGCUGACGUUCAGCGAGGCUCGCUUCCGUCCCUCGCUGGAGGAGCGUCUGGAGAGCAUCAUCAGCGGCGCCGCCCUCAUGGCCGACUCGUCCUGCACGCGCGACGACCGGCGCGAGCGCAUCGUGGCCGAGUGCAACGCCGUGCGCCAGGCCCUGCAAGACCUGCUGAGCGAGUACAUGAACAACACCGGCCGCAAGGAGAAGGGCGAUCCACUCAACUCCGCCAUCGACAAGAUGACCAAGAAGACCCGAGACCUGCGACGACAGCUGAGGAAGGCGGUCAUGGAUCACAUCUCCGACUCCUUCCUGGAGACCAACGUGCCCCUGCUGGUGCUCAUCGAGGCGGCCAAGAGCGGCAACGAGAAGGAGGUCAAGGAGUACGCCCAGGUCUUCCGCGAGCACGCCAACAAACUGGUGGAGGUGGCGAACUUGGCCUGCUCCAUCUCCAAUAACGAAGAGGGUGUGAAACUAGUGCGGAUGGCAGCCACCCAGAUCGACAGCCUGUGCCCACAGGUGAUCAAUGCGGCCCUGACCCUGGCGGCGCGGCCCCAGAGCAAAGUGGCUCAGGACAACAUGGACGUGUUCAAGGACCAGUGGGAGAAGCAGGUGCGCAUUCUCACCGAGGCUGUGGACGACAUCACCUCCGUGGAUGACUUCCUGUCCGUCUCAGAGAACCACAUCCUGGAGGACGUGAACAAGUGUGUGAUCGCGCUGCAGGAGGGCGACGUGGACACGCUGGAUCGCACGGCGGGGGCCAUCCGCGGGCGCGCCGCGCGCGUCGUCCACAUCAUCAACGCCGAGAUGGAGAACUACGAGCCGGGCGUCUACACCGAGCGCGUGCUGGAGUCCAUCAAGCUGCUCUCCGAGACCGUCAUGCCCCGGUUUGCGGAGCAAGUGGAGGUUGCCAUCGAGGCUCUGAGCACCAAUCCCCCUCAGGCGUUCGAGGAGAAUGAGUUCAUCGACGCCUCGCGCCUCGUUUACGAUGGCGUACGUGACAUCAGGAAAGCGGUUCUCAUGAUCAGGACACCAGAGGAGCUGGAGGAUGACUCAGACUUUGAGCAGGAAGAGUAUGACGCCCACAGCCGCACCAGCAUCCAGACAGAAGAUGACCAGCUCAUCGCCGGACAGAGUGCCCGGGCCAUCAUGGCGCAGCUGCCCCAGGAGGAGAAGGCCAAGAUCGCCGAGCAGGUGGAGAGCUUCCGGCAGGAGAAGAGCAAGCUGGACGCCGAGGUGGCCAAGUGGGACGACAACGGCAACGACAUCAUCGUGCUGGCCAAGCAGAUGUGCAUGAUCAUGAUGGAGAUGACGGACUUCACCAGCAGAGGCAAAGGGCCGCUGAAGAACUCCUCAGAUGUUAUCAACGCUGCCAAGAAGAUCGCCGAGGCUGGCUCCAGGAUGGACAAGCUGGCCCGUGCGGUGGCUGACCAGUGCCCGGACUCGGCAUGCAAGCAGGACCUGCUGGCUUACCUGCAGAGAAUUGCUCUCUACUGCCACCAGCUGAACAUCUGCAGCAAGGUCAAGGCUGAGGUGCAGAACCUGGGAGGAGAGCUCAUCGUCUCAGGGCUGGACAGCGCCACGUCUCUCAUCCAGGCCGCCAAGAACCUGAUGAACGCCGUGGUCCUGACCGUCAAGGCCUCGUACGUGGCGUCCACCAAGUACCAGAAGGUGUACGGCACGGCGGCCGUCAACUCGCCCGUGGUGUCCUGGCGCAUGAAGGCGCCCGAGAAGAAGCCGCUGGUCAAGAGGGAGAAGCCCGAGGAGUGCCAGACGCGCGUGCGGCGAGGCUCCCAGAAGAAGCACAUCUCACCCGUGCAGGCCCUCAGUGAGUUCAAGGCCAUGGACUCGUUCUAAAAAAAAAAAACAGGCCUCUUUCCGAAAGAAAAGGUGGAAGAAAACGUGAGCUCUUUCCUCUCCUGACCCCCACAACAAUAACAACAACAACAACUAGAACAACAACAACAACAACAACAACAACUACUAAAAAAAAGGAUCCGAGCCCUUUUUUUUCAGUUUUGUUGUUUUGGUAAUGGCCACUGGUUUUCGUUUUUGUUUUCGCGCUGGGCUACGGUGCAGCAAGGUCCACUCGUAGCCGUAUUUAUGCCAAAUGAGGAUGGGCCGGCUAUCUUGCCUUGCGCAGCUACCCAAAAGGGACACACUGAGGUCUACUCAGAAGCUUCUUCAAAAACCCCUUGAGGAGAGUACAGUUUACAGUUUGGCUUGAAUUAUAUCAAACUCAGUUACUGUGGUGUUUAUCUUCACUGGUAUUACUGCUGACAGGCCAUGUUGCAAUUAUAUGAAUGAAAAUAUUAAUAUAUGGUAUGGUAGUAUCAGCCAUAGCUGUUGAGGAUAUCAAUCAACCUAAAAACAAAAAAAAAACAAAAAAAAGAGGGGCUGAUACAUUUCUUCUUAUCGUAAUAUUUUGGUUGGAAUACAACCAGUAGUAAUAGGAAUAACUUAUGUUUAAAGUAUUUUCUUUUUUUCCUUGUUCCUAAUAUCCAUAUGAUGCUCCGAUAAACUCUAGUUUUACCAUUUAAAAAAAAUAAACAUUUAUUUAAACAUUCUCCUGUAUCACUAACUAAUAUUGAAACCCGGUGGGAUAUUGUGAGCGUACUACAUUUAGAUAUAUGGACAGGUUUGACUAGUUUUGUGGUUUGCUCAGAGAUUAGAAUCCUGCAUACCUUUAUAUUCACAAUUCUCUAAUA